AUGAGGAUUAUCUCCGACACCGAAGUGACAACGCACAUCCUACCGCGUCUCACGCUGUCGUCUCUUCUGCACUCGCAGGCGCUCGCCUUCCUCUCGCCAACUUCGCAAUGUCCAGCGCGCAUCAGCCUGAGCACGCCCAACUACACGCAGCUGUUCAUGCCUGCUCGCACAUCCACCCCUUCGAGCGUGAUCAAGAUCGUAUCGGUCCCCUCUGGAGCCAAUGCAGUUUCGGGGAUUUCCGGCGUCAACAUCGUGUUUGAUGAUGAGACGGGUAAAGUGAGUUGGACGGUAGGGUCGAGCUGUUUGACGGCGCUGAGGACGGCGGGUGGGUCUUUGAUGAGUUCGAUCUUGGUGUUCGGUGGCAGCGAUAAGGGGGAGGUGCGGGAAUGUGUUGUGUUCGGGGACGGGAUGCAGUCGGUGUUCCAUGUGUGGCUGCAUUUGCGAUACUUUGCGGGGUUGCAGAGGAUUACUGUCGUCGUAGGGUCGCAUCGAACGGUUUCGCCGGAGCAGGUGGAAGAAAAGGGAGCACAGUUCCGAUCACACCUCGAGGAUCUCUGCAAAACCUCUCCGGAAGCAACGGCAUCAUGGACGAUGCGAUGCAUUCCUGCGCAGCAGCAAGAGGAGGUGAAAGUUGCACUGCAGUCAUCUCAGUUGAUCUUCACGUGCACUCCCUCGACCCAACCGCUCUUCCCCCACGAAUACCUCUCGGAUUGCAAACAGCGAAAACACAUCUGCGCGGUAGGAUCGUACAAGCCGUCGAUGUGCGAGCUGCCCGCCGACCUGGUACGAUCCGCCUCUGAAAUCCGUGCAGGCUUGAUGGUGGAUAGCAUCGAAGCGUGCGCUUCGGAAGCAGGAUGUUUGACGCAAGCUCUAGGGCAAGAGCGAUUGAAGGAGAGCUGCGUGGAGCUGAGCAAGCUGCUGCCACCGGUGGAGGAGGAGGGGCACGAGAGCGACUACUUGGCGAAGCUGGAACGGCAGGCGAGCGAGUUCGGUGGUGGUGGUGUAGCAGAAGAGAAGGGGAAAGGAGGGAUCGUGAGCGUGUUCAAGUCGGUGGGUGUGGGGUUGCAGGAUGUGGAGGUGACAAAGUUGGUGGUGAGGUUGGCUGGGGAUGUGGGUACUGAGGUUGCUUUCUGA